UAGAGAUACAUGUCGCCAUUCAGAUAUAGCGUCAUCUCCUGAACGCAUAUUGUCAUUGAGCUGCCACGACUCUUGAGGAAAAUGAACAGUUUUUUUGGUUCAUUGGUGGUUAUUACACUGGCUGGUUGCAGGGCAACCAACUGUCCGGACAACUUUCUGGCUUUCCAUGGCUCCUGCUAUCUGUUUGGAGAUACCAAACUCAGCUUUUAUGAGGCGGAGCACUAUUGUAACCAACACGGCGCCCAUCUUGUGCACGUAAACAGUGCCAUUGAGGACGACUUUCUGAAGGAGCAUCUACGCCGCCUAAAACCUUUUGAUGUAUGGUGGAUGGGACUAACAGAUGAGGUUGCAGAAGGACACUACGUUUGGACAGACGACAACACUCCUGCACAGUAUACAGGCUGGCAUCCUGGACAGCCGGAUGGCGGUGGUGAAGACUGCGUUGUUUUCUCAACGAGUUGGGACUUCCAGUGGGGUGAUUAUGGCUGUACACACACAGAGGGCUUUAUUUGUGAAACUGAAUCGGGAGAGGAAGUAUUUGGCUAAAUAAACACAUGAACACUGCCAACCAGGGAACACCAUGGCUCCAAUAAACUUUCAGCUACUUAUUUGUCUUAGAUUUCUUUCCUUUCACGCGUAAGGAAAGUGACAUGAAUGUAUUAUCUUAUCAUAAACUAGAAGCGCCACAA